GAUAUAAUUUUUUGAUGUGUGUUGUUUGUAAUUUGUGUGUUUUUCACUGUUAAUUUGUCACAUGAUUUAUUAAUAUAAUUUUAUAAUAAAUUUAUAGGAUAAUUGUGGUUGAAAAAGUUGAAAAGAGAAAUCAUAAAAAAAAAUACAACAAAUCUGAUUAAAAAAGCCAUUGUGUCCAAAAUUUGUUAUAAUAAGUCCAAUGUGUAACCAAAUCAAACCAAAAUAAAAAAGAAAGCAAUAAAAUAUAAUUCCGAUGACCUUAUUUGUGUGAUACAAUACUCUGACAUUGCCAAUGGCAAUUUCCAUCUUCACAAAAUGUACACGAACAACUCAAAGCCGAACUAAGUUGUUAUCAAACCCAAUAUGUGCCAUUAUUAUAAUAAGAAAAGAUAGCCUCCAAUCUAAGGUGUGGAUCUACCUGAAUCUAGCACAAACACCAUUUGAGUUAGGACUUUUAGCUUUUUAGCAUUAACGAUCGCGCUUCUUUAUAAAGCUAUACUAUUAUUCGUCGUAAACGUAACUACUAUUGUAUUAUAUUUUUUUUCCCCCCCCGGAAUUUCACAUCUUCAGCUCUAACUUUUGUUUUUCUUGGCUUGACUUGGCUGCUACUUAACUAAAUCCGGACGGGACGGAACUCGAUUGCGAAUGCCAUAAUAGAGUCUCUAUAAACAUAAUUUGUAAACAAAAAAUAUCAAAUAUAAAUGGAUUUCCUUCUAAAUCUAAUUCUGACGGUGGCGACGAAGGAGUAAAAGAAAGAAACUUCUCAACUUCAUAAGUGAAAGAUUUAUUUUAUAAUUACUCGCAAAUGAAAAGAAAAUUAAGAAGAUUAGAUAUAUUAUAAUUAACAUGUCACCAAUUAUUUAUUCGCUUUAUGGUUUCGCAUUUUUAUUUUUAAUAUUUUGGUGCGGAACUUGGUGUAUACAUCUACUAGCCAUCAUAUAUGGAUAUGGGAAAUUUAAAUUUCAAAGAAAAUCCUCCAACUAUCCACUAGAAACACCAUGGCCAGGAGUUUCCAUUCUUAAACCAUUAAUGGGCUCCGAUCCAAAUUUAGAACACAAUUUAGAAACGUUUUUCACAAUGGACUAUCCAGUUUAUGAACUUCUGUUUUGCGUUGAAGAAAAAUCCGACCCGGUUGUUCCUAUUGUUGAAGCUUUAAUGGCUAAAUAUCCAUUAAUUGAUGCUAGUUUAUUUAUUGGUGGAUCUCAAGUUGGCGUGAAUCCGAAAAUAAAUAACAUGUUUCCAGGUUAUGCCGCAGCAAAACAUGAAUUUAUAAUGAUAUCCGAUAGUGGAAUUAAAAUGAAAAACGACACUCUGAUGGAUAUGGUACAAAACAUGACAGAAAAAACAGGACUUGUUCAUCAAAUGCCAUUUACCUGCGAUCGCGAUGGAUUUGCUGCUGCUUUUGAAAAAAUUUAUUUUGGAACGGUACAAGCGCGCAUCUACCUCAGUGCCGAUUUGCUUGGUAUCAACUGCCAUACCGGCAUGUCAUGCCUGUUUCGUAAGAAUGUCAUGGACGAAGUCGGCGGUCUACAAAAAUUCGGAUGUUAUCUGGCCGAAGACUUUUUUAUCGCGAAAUGUUUCACCGAUCACGGAUGGAAAAUGCGCAUAAGUAAUCAGCCAGCUUGGCAAAAUAGCGGUAUUUGUGAUAUAAGCAACUUCCAAGCACGACUAACACGUUGGGCAAAACUUCGUGUUGCAAUGGUCCCAACUACAAUACUACUAGAGCCGCUAUCCGAGUGUAUGGUUGUUGGUGCUUUUGCUUCCUGGUCUGUAAAUGUGCUCUUCAAUUAUGAUUCUCUAGUUUUUUAUCUAGUUCAUAUAUUGACGUGGUUCCUUUCUGACUAUAUAUUACUGUCUAUUGUGCAGAAUGGUUCAUUACCUUUUCACAAAUUCGAAUUUGUGAUCGGUUGGUUAUUUCGGGAGAUAAGUGGACCAUAUUUAUUUUUACAAGCCCUGUGGAAUCCUGCGAUACGAUGGAGAACUCGUAUCUAUAAGCUCGAAUGGGGAGGUAUUGCCAAAGAGUUGCCUAUAAGUAGCAAUUGUGCUAGUACUAAUGGAUUUCUAAAUAAUAUUUCAUAGCACUAAAGUAAAAUUUAGCCUAACUCGUAAUCUAGCUUAUAUAGAAAUUUAUAUAGACAUUUUUAAAAACCAAAA